UCUACCUUGGUGGUAGUGGUAGUGCCGUGAUCAGAGCCCUGCCUGGAAGGACCGUGAUCCAUUACGGAAUCCCUCGUCUUUCUAGCGUCUGAAAUGCAAUUAUGAUUUGUUUAAAGUGUUCAUAAUACGGGUCAGACCUGCCUCCGUUUAAUUUCGCUUCAUUUACCAGAAAUGGAGCUGAGAGUCGGGAACAAAUAUCGCCUCGGAAGGAAAAUAGGAAGUGGCUCAUUUGGAGAUAUUUAUCUAGGAACGAAUAUAACUACUGCAGAAGAAGUAGCAAUCAAAUUAGAAUGUAUCAAAACAAAACAUCCUCAACUACAUAUCGAGUCAAAAAUCUACAAACUCAUGCAAAAUGGGGUUGGUAUUCCUAAUAUCAAAUGGUGUGGCUCAGAAGGCGAUUUUAAUGUCAUGGUGAUGGAGUUACUAGGACCCUCGUUAGAAGAUCUUUUCAACUUUUGCUCCCGGCAAUUUUCUUUAAAGACUGUUCUCCUAUUAGCUGACCAAUUGAUUGGUCGAAUAGAAUAUAUUCAUAGUCGUAAUUUUAUACAUCGUGAUAUUAAACCAGACAAUUUUCUCAUGGGUCUCGGCAAGAAAGGGAAUCUUGUUUACAUCAUUGAUUUUGGUCUAGCUAAGAAAUAUAGAGAUAGCCUUACGCAUCAGCACAUCCCAUAUCGAGAAAAUAAAAAUUUAACUGGCACAGCUAGAUAUGCAAGUCUAAAUACUCAUCUCGGCAUCGAGCAAAGUCGACGAGAUGAUCUCGAAUCUUUAGGUUAUGUUCUGAUGUAUUUUAAUCGCGGUUCACUUCCAUGGCAAGGGCUCAAAGCUGCCACAAAAAGACAAAAGUAUGAAAGAAUUAGUGAGAAGAAAAUGUCUACCCCAAUUGACGACCUAUGUAAAAACUAUCCUGAGGAAUUUCGAAGGUAUCUAAAAUACUGCCGAAAUUUACGCUUUGAAGAGAGGCCAGAUUACACCUUUUUACGUCACUUAUUUAGAACUUUGUUUCAUAGACUUGGUCUUACUUAUGACUAUGUUUUUGACUGGAACAUGCUCAAAUUUGGUAAACAUGGAAGUGGCGAAGAGGAUAGGAAAGAAAGGUUGACGCGUAUGUCACAAAGAUUACCAGAAGGCGAGCACAGCAGACGGACUAGAGCGGGUAAUUUAAAUACGUGUGCAGUUGCAACGCAAGAAACUAAUGCAGCAACUAACACUGCCACUCGAGGACGAGGAACAACAGGUGAAGCGCUUCAAGAAAGGCGAACUAGUUUAAGAUUAAAUCGGAAUGCCGCAGCCGAGCGUAGCUACCCAGCUUUGCAGCUGCUAAGUGAGUCUGAGCAACCAGUACGUAACUCUUUCGCUACUAAAGCAAAUAUUUCUGAUUUUUACCAACCAGAUGCCCAACCAAGUGCAACGCAGCCGACGCCAGACAAGCAAACCAAACAGCAGUGAUCCGGGGCCUCCAGCGACCUGAAACGAAAAGAAAAUAAAUUAAAGUUGAAGCCAGGUGUUCUCAGUUUACACUCCUAUCUUUAAACUCCUGUUUCAACUCGAAUCGUCAUAAUCCUAACACUUGAAUUCGAAGUAAUUCAUUCAUAGAGCUGACUCGAAUCUUCUAAGGUGUCUCUGCAUCUCAUGUCAUCCUUUUUUUACUAAUUAUCAUGAAGCCUAAGAUUUAGAUCCCCAUUGAAAGUCAAACUUGAAUGAGAUAAUGAAAUCAUGACCUUGAAAUAUUCAACUUUGCUGAAUAGACCACUGAAUUUGAAUGAGUAGUUGAAAGAUUUAUUUCUCAAGUUUUGUUUUUUGUUUUUCCCUCAUUUUAUUUUUACUUUAAGGUGUGUAGUUUGAUUAACAUUCCUUCAAUUGUGAAAUGAAGGGCCGUAGUUCUAUCAUCAAUUGGAUGCCAAGAUAUUGUGUCAAGAUCAAAGAUUUGAAUUUAAUCGGCACUUCUUUAAAUUUUCAUUGCUCAGCCAAAAAUUUCACAGUGAAUCGAAUGCAAAUCAUCAUUUCGGAAGGUAUUCAUGCUGUGAAAUUAUGUUACUCAUAGCAGUCGCAUUUAUUAUAUGAUUUAACUCUUUUUACAUGCUGUAAUUGUAGUGCAUGACCUCUUAUCUCUCUCUGUCCUUUUUUCAUCAGGGUUUUGAGUCGUACCUAGGUCUCAAGCGCUUUAUUUUUCUCUGGUUUCAUCUCGAAGCCUUAAACUGAAGAGACAUUUAGAGUACAUUUUGAAAUGAGGAACCACUGUCUCUGUCUCAUCCACAAAAGCACUAUUUGCGUGAAGAAACUAAUUACACAUUUGUUGUCUCUUAAAUGAGUCAGGAUUUGUAGUUUCGCAUUGUAAAAUGGAUUCCAAUGCAAUGAAGUAUUGCGUUUUAAAUAUUGAAGUUUCCUGCAGUAUGCUCGUCAAUACAAGGAAAGAAAAAAUGUGUGAACCCGAAAGUAACAAAAAAGGAAACACAUCAAGGUGGAAACCAUGGUAAGGAACUAUGAGCAAAUAAAUUAAACAAAGCAAACUGGAAAAUAAAAAAACUCAUAACUCACAUUUCAAUUAAAACUGCCCACGCAUUUUGUGGCUUCCCAGCUCCUUCUUCAAGGCUGAAUUCCAAUUGCUGCAGUCAGAAUUUAUUCUUGAAGAAGGGGCUGGGGAGCCGCAAAACGUGUCAGAGGUUUUAAUUUAAUUUUGUAAACGGGAGUUUUUUAAUUUUCUUGUCAUUUUUAUUUCAAAGAAAAAAUGUGUUAGUUUCUCUAGUGUCUGGAGGUUGACCCAAUUAUUGCAAGCCAGAAUACACCUUUUUUCUUGCUUUCCCAUCCUUGUAAUUGUUUUUUCUCUUGCCAUAAAUCGGAGAAUGACUAGCAAUAGUUUGCUUAGCUUUUCGACUUUCUAGAAUUUCAUCUCAUGUAAUUGAAGGCAAAAAGGCAAACUAAUCCAAAAAGUGGCAGUUUAGUAUGAUCUUGAGAUAUAUUUUGUUCUCAUCUGCAUCUCAUAUCCGAUUAUUGAGUGAAAAAUCUAAGAAGAGUCUUUUUGAUCUCUACAAACACCUAGUUCAUCGAAAUUAUUGAUCUAAAUUAUUUCCUCUGAUAAGUUGUGAGGAAAGACUCAGCUUUUCUUGCAAUCCCAACACCCACUAUCUCUUCUUCAGUUUUCAGAUUUGUUGAAUGAGCUACCUAUGCGGAGAAAAUCGUGCUAGGCCUUUGUUUUCUUUUCAAGGAACUACUUUGUCUUUCAGUUUUCUUCCUCCUUGAAGGAUCCUUAAUUUCCCUCCUUACUCCCUUCAAAUGAGAUUUCAGUGCGUAUAGAGGUGCAAUUCUCUUUUUGUUGAAUAAUACUAUAUUGUUAUACUAAUUUUUUCUGGUUAUAUCGUAAUUUAAUGUGUAAUUGUGUUUAUCUUGUAGGAAAAUUGUCGUAAAGGGUUCUGCUGUAGAAACUCUGUACAUAAGUUUAUAUAUUUUUCAAUUAUUGUGAAUUUGUGUGAUUUAAAGAGCAGUCAGUAAGUGAAUUUCUAACCAAGAAAUAACAGCAUAAUCUUACUUGGAAUGUGCUCGGCUUUGAAUUCAAUAGGAAACUGUAGGGGAAACAAUUUCAAUGGCUUUAAGUAUGUAGGUAAAAUUAUUCUGCCAAUAUCAAUAGUUGGUUAAACAAAGUAGUGAGAUUAUCCUUGACUGUACCAAGUUUGCCAAACUAUUUUGCCCAAAAUUCUACUAAUAUUUGCCCUUGCUGAUGAAGCAUUACAAAGAUGUAGUAUUUCUGCCUUUUAUUUGUAUUUAUUUAUUCAUCAAUUUUUUAAGUCUUUAAAUCAUGCUAUAGAAAGUAAUGUUCUCAGAUUGUGCGUUCACUCAUAUGUUUUGAUGCCCCGUCCCCCUCUGCCGUACAUUUGCUUCCACAUUGUGACAUGUUUAUUAAGUGUAGCUCAUGUUCGAUCUCAAUUGAUGUCCCCCCCCCCUUUCUUUCCCACUCCCGCUGCUCUACCAUCAUUUAUAGAAAGAUGUAAACAGUAAGCGGAUAAAUUACAAAGGAGUUUAAAUUUUGAGGAUGUAAAACUUAAGUAAAUAAUUUCCAAAUUUAAGAGUUUCCUUUUUGAUCAUUCAAUGAAGUAAAAUCCUCAGACUUGGCAUAUUCAGACAUUUUGAAAUUCAUCUAUUUCUCCUGUUUUUUUUUUUUUUUUUUGUCUGUAUUUAUCAUAUUUCUUUGUCAUUGCCGGUUUUGGCUGUAUAAAUUACUCUCUCAACAAUUUGAUCAUGAACUGUAAUGGUGUAAGGUGUAUUACUUUGACCUAGCUCAACCUAUUAAUCUUGAAAGAAAAAUUCGAAGACAAAUCCUCAAGUGUGAACUCAUUUUGGAUAGGCCUCAGAAAAUGAAGGACAGCAAAUUUACAGCUUUCAUGAAAAGUAUUUUCAUAGUGUAUAGCUUUUUCACUCUAAAUUAGGUUGAAAGAUUCUAGGUAAGGUUACUUUUAAUAGUAGAGAGACGAGAAAAAAUUCCCAGAGCAAAAUAUUUAAAUGUGCCUGAACGGUCUUCUUGAUUUCAUCAGUUGAUUCUGCUGUAUCCUUUUCUGUCUAGCAUCUCAUCAAUUGGCUCCCACUCAUAGUACCUGAAUAAGAAUGGCUCCUCUGAAUUGACGCAGUCUUAAAUAGGAUCCAAAAUUCCUUGAAAAGUAGUCAGUAUCAGUAUAUUUUCGAAGUUGAUCUUUCUGUUUGAAAUUUCUACAUGAUAAUUUAUCUUAUUGAUUGAGAUCCCCAAAAAUAAUCGAAGUCACAGGAAAGAAGAAAUGAAACAUCAAGACCCUCAAAAUGAAAUUUAAAAUUUUAACUACCCUUCUCCCCCUCCCUUUUUUUAAAAAUGAUAGCUGUAAGAGCCAAGUAUUGAUUUACGUAUGUUUUCAUUGAUUUUUUCACUUUCUUGUUAGAAUUGCACUUUAUUUCACGACAUUGCCAUUGCGAUGUUGCUUCGACUUUUGUCAAAUGUUGACCGAUUUUAAGUCAUCCUGUAAAAUUUGACCUCCUUUGCUUGGAAACCAAAUAAAACUUUGAAAUUGCAUAUGCA